AUGCGCCCCGCCUUCGCUCCUUCCCCGGUGCUGGCAGGAGGAUCUUCUCUCAAGUUAGCUGGAGGAAGACGAGGGCUGAACUCCCUGAGCAUGACGAACAAGGUGUUCGUGGCUGGAGGGACGGGUAAAGUUGGUCGUAUUGUUGUGAAGAGACUUCUGGAAGAAGACUGGAAGGUUGUCGCCAUCGCAAGGAACGAAACAUCAGACAUAGCUCGCGAGCUGGCCAGCAUGGGCGCAGAAGUUCGCAAGGGGGACGUUUGUGAUCUUGAAGGACUGAAGGAGUGCAUGAAGGGCUGCGAGUACGUCGUUUCUCUUGUUGGCUGCAGCCCUCCUCGAUUUGUCAAGAUCUCUGAUCUAUGGAGCGAUCCUCGCAAAGACGCGAAUCAUCCAGCAAACGUUCAGUACCAGGGGGUGAAAAACCUGUUGGAAGCGUCAAAGACCGAGAAUGUAAAGAAGUUCGUGCGGCUGACAGGGCUAGCAGUGGGAGCAAGCCCUUGGAACCCCGUCUCUAUCCUCUUUAGCCUUCUCCUUAGCUUCUCUACCUACUGGAACCGCAAGGGAGAGAUGCUGCUGCGGGAAAGCGGAGUCGACUACAGUAUCAUACGCCCAGGAGGCUUGAAAGACGUCCCUCGGGCCAGGGAGGGGACAGACAAGCUCUUCCUGGCCAGCGAGGCCUGGGGAGACAAAACUCCUCCCUUCACUACCGGCAUCUCGCGCGCUGACGUGGCAGAUCUCUGCUGCCUCUCCUUGACCGACAAGCGACUCUCGCGUGCGACCCUGCGGGUGAACAGGAUGCGUCCUCCCACAGCGGACAACAACUACUUCGAAGACCCGCAGGCAAAGAGCACGUGGGAGGAGCUCCUGGAUACGGUCGAGCCAGACAAGAAACCUCUCGAGGAAGUCGACUACACCCUCCCUGUCGGCCUCGCAGCCACAGCAGUUGCCGGGGUGCUCGGCAUCGUCGUGGGCUGGGUCGCGAAGCUGGCUCUAUCCUUGUUCGGAUGA